CUCUAUGCCAUCUCUCUCUCUUUCUCUCUCUCUCUCUCUCUCUAUAUAUAUAUAUAUAUAAGCCCACCACCCUUCAUCUCGUUCUCCUCUAGUUUCGAUCAUAUCUAUUCUCUUCCAAUAUCUGUCCCUCUAUCUUUUAAACGCACUUGCUACUUCAUUCUCUUGCAACAAUAAUUUAAUUCAAUUCAAAUAUGAAAGAAGCAACCUUGUAUCAGGACCCGAAUUUUUGUCAUCAUCAAUAUCCUCGAACUUCAAGCUAUACAAGUCUCUUCCCUUGCUUAACAGAAAACUGGGGUGACCUACCUUUAAAGGUAGACGAUUCUGAAGAUAUGGUCAUCUACAACUUCCUCCGCGACGCCGUUUCUUCUGGCUGGUCACCGUUAGAUUUCAUCACCACCACCACAACAGCAGCAGCCGUCAAAGCUGAGCCAACGGAGGACCUGGAACUGCCUACUACUCCGGCUAGGUUCUUGACACAAGAAACUACUGCAUCGAAUAUAUUACUUCUUCAAACUACGUCUCCUGAAAAUAAAGAAACUGUAAGCAUCGAUUUGGUACAAAAACAAAACAACAAAGUAGCAAAAGGAAGGCAUUAUAGGGGAGUGAGGCAACGGCCGUGGGGAAAGUUCGCGGCUGAGAUUCGUGAUCCGGCUAAAAAUGGCGCCAGGGUAUGGCUUGGCACCUACGAGACAGCCGAGGAAGCUGCUUUAGCUUAUGAUAUAGCGGCCUUUAGGAUGCGUGGCUCGAGAGCUCUGCUGAAUUUUCCACAUAGGGUUGGGUCGCCUGAGCCAGUUAGAGUCACCGCUAAGCGUCGCGAGUCGGAAAUGGCUCCAGGUAGUGGCUCGGCGAAAAGAAGGAAAAGCUUGGCGGCUAAUGAAGGAUACGAGACGGGUACUGUUGCGCUUCAGGUCGGGCACAAGAUAGAGAUGAUGCCAGUUGGCGAGCAAUUAUUGGUUAGUUAGAUUUUAGUUUUGGGCGUUGACUUGUGCCAAUGACGGGAGUGUUCGGUUGUUAUUGUGUAUGAAUUAAUACAGUGAGAUUUUAGUAAUCUUUCAAUGGACAAGUUUAUCUUAAAAGUUUUUACUGACAUCAUCAGUAAUUAUUUCUACUAA